CAUUGGGUCUGUCAGAUCAAAAUAAUAGUGUUGUAAAGUCACUCGAACGAGUUGACUGGUGAAUUUAUUUCUUUGUCAAGUCAAUUUAUCGUCAAUAACAAGCCAUUGAUUUUUAUAAAAACCAAUAUACUUAAUAAAAUAACAUGCUAAAAUUUGAAAUUGUGUCAUCGAGGACUGUGGAUGGCUUUGAAAAAGAGAAAAAGUUCGUAGCUUACAUGUUACAAGCAAGACAAGAUUCCACGGAAUCCACUGUUUUCGAUCCGGACCCAGCGAACGUUGAGCGACGAUACACCCAUUUUUUGGACCUAUACAACGGCUUGAAGAAAGAAUUCCCGGCCUUGAUAAGCAAUGUAUCUUUUCCUAGAAAGAUUGUUGUUGGUAAUUUUGAUCCGAAUCUAAUAUCUACUCGGUGCGCAGCUUUUGAGUCACUGUUAGAUGUGAUUGCAAGUGAGUCACGCUUGAGGGACUCCCCGGCAGCUAUCACAUUCUUUCAAGAUAUUGAGCUAAAUGAAGCUAAACGACUCAUCAACGAGGGGAAGUUUGACCAAGCAUUGUCUAUUUUAGAGACAAGCUUUAAAUUAUUGAACAAGGUAUACACAGACAGGUCUCGCGUGGUGCUAGGCGCUCUGUGUCGCAUCGUGGCGUGUGCUGGGGCCAGCGGCGGCACCCUCGCCGGCCCAGUCGAGCGCUGGGCACAGCUCGCCCUCAAGCGAUACGAAGCCGUCAGUGAUUCAGAUCUCCUCCUCAUUUAUGUGCCACUCCUACAUACUUGCAUUUCUAUAUGGGAGGCGCUAGGCAGGGAUAAGACAAAAUUGGUUGAGGAACUCAAUGGCCUGCGCAAAAGAGGAAUGAAGGUGGAUUCAGUACCCAGUCUCAUGGAUGCAGUGGACGGUUUGGCAAAUACCAUUUAAAAGAUCAAAAAUUACAUAAAAGUUUACUCCGUGUAUGAAAAAAAUGAUAUUAAUAUGUAAACCAAAUAAGAUUGACCUUUAAAAAUAUGUUUUUUGAAGCUACUAAACGCACGAUACAUCAAAAUCGUGUCGAAGUAUGACGAACGUUUUAAUGCUAGUCUGUAGUUCCCGACAAACGCAACAGAUGGCGCUAUUAAACAUUCUCUUAGCAUUGUAUUCGAAGCGAUCUGUGUUAAUUGUGUAUAUUACUUAUUCUCAUGUAUAUUUGUAGAUGUUUUUAUUUUAUUUUUGUUAACUAAUGUAUCAAUUAUAAAUCUGUAUUGGCUUGUAUCUCAUUAGGUCGUAAGGAAAGUUAUUUGAUAUGUGAUUUGUGUCGAAAUGUUUAUUAUAGAAAAAAAAUGAAUUUAGGGAGAAUAAUCAUGGAAAUGAAACGUUUUUAACUUUUUAGGUAUAUGUAAAACAUAUUUUAUUGUUAAGGAGAGAAGCAAUUGGAUUGUGCCUCGACAAAAAUGGAUUUUGCUUUCUAUUAUACGAUUGACUACAUCUUAAACUGAUUGAUGUACGAUCCUCUGAGGCGUUUUAUUGGUAGAUAUUUUUUAUCGUCAAUAUUAGCAUUUUAACGCCACUGACAUGCUUUAACUAAAUACAUAUGAUUGUUCAAUAUUGUGAACUAAUAACAGGUCAAUUUAAUAACAAAAGUGAGAGUAGAUAAAAGCUAGGUAUAUCUAGAUUCGUUCGUAACGAAUCCAAAGCUUAUUUUAUAAAUAAAAUAUGUUACAACGUUUACAGAAUUUCAAAAUCACUUGAUUGAGUGUCAUACAAUAUUGUCUAGUCAUAGUCACAAAAAUUAUAACAGCGACAGCUAUGAAUUAGAUUUAAUAAUUAAAUAGGAUCUGUAAAUUUAUGAAGAUUUUAAAGUACAGUCAGUAACAGAAUUGAAUUAACACAA